ACAUUUUCAUUCAAAACCUUUCCAAUUGUGGCAACUCCAACCAAAACAUGGCCACCGCCGCCGCCAAUGCCGCCGCAUCAUCAUCAUCAUCACCACCACCACCAACAACAACAACAGCCUCCCCCGCAUCCGCCGCCACCAUCACCACAACAAGCCUUUUACCAGAACUACAACUUGACUGACACAAAUAUUUGGACUUCAAAGAGGAGCACGGCAACGAAAGAUGGAGUCCUGACUAUUGUUGAAGAUGACGAUGAAGACGAUUUCGGCGGCGGCGGCGGCGGUGGUUUUAAGGUGUGUAGAGACUGUGGGAAUAGGGCGAAGAAGGAGUGUCGAUACAGCAGGUGUAGGACUUGUUGCAAGAGUAGAGGAUACGAUUGCGCUACUCACGUGAAGAGCACGUGGGUGCCUGCUGCUCGGAAAAAAGACAGGAAGGUGGCGCUGAUCGGGGAGGAGGAAGGCGGUGGGUCUUCGGGGUCUUCCUCUUGUGGCGGUAAAAGACAAAGGGUUUUGAACUUCACUCCAAAUGCAGCUUCCAAGUCUUUGAAUUUUGAAGCUGCCACUUCUCACCAGGAUUCAAGACUUAAAGAAUCGCUACCGGGUCAAGUACGAGCGCCGGCGGUUUUCAGGUGUAUUCAGGUGACGGCCAUUAGUGACGGCGAGGUGGAGGUUGCUUACCAAGCUACUGUGAAUAUAAGAGGCCAUGUGUUCAAGGGGUUCCUAUAUGAUCAUGGAGUCGAGGUCAAAAAUGCGUUUCCCUGUAUUUCGAAAGUCGUUUUCGAAAGCAGCAGCAACGGAAGGGAUGGGGAGAGGGAUUCUUCUUCACCAAUCGUCGAUCCAUCGAACACCUUUGCAGCAUCCGGUGACCGACAGUCGGUUUAAGGUAAAAUCUGUAGCAUUCAACAUGUAAAUGAUGUUUCUUUAG